AAAAGAAAGAAACUAUAAAGAGUUACAGACUCUUCUCUCUCUCUCUCUUUCUUUGUAGCAGUCUCAGUACCUACCCACCCUUUCAUACUUCUUCAUUCACUUCGUUUCUAUGGUCUUCAAGAGAAAACGCUGAACACUUCAACGAAUUCACCCAUGUAAAGGAAGAGAAAAGGAAAAUAGAAUCUUUUCUUUUAUUCCCCUUAUUUCAUUCGGAAUUUGGUGAAGUCAAUCCUGAGGAAUUGAGGCUCAGAGAGAGAGAAUUUUCUGUCACUUUCUCGGGAAAAUUAUGGUCUCAUCAUCAUCGACAAGGUGUAGUUCCAGAAGCUACAUAUCAAAUUUGGAACGCUUUCUCCAAUGUGUCACACCAGAUGUUCCUUCAAGGACUCUCCAUAAGAGAUGCUCAAAUGAUCUAAAUAGUCAAUGGCUACCUCCUGUUAAGGACACAAUUGAAUACUUCACUCUGAAAGAUCUUUGGGACUGCUAUUCUGAAUGGAGUGCAUAUGGUGCCGGUACACCGGUGAUGCGCGAAAGUGGGGAAACUCUAAUGCAAUUCUAUGUUCCGUAUCUGUCCGCUAUCCAAAUCUACAGCACUAAGUCUGUUGCAGCUUCUAGGUAUGGUAAAAGCCAAGGGGGACGGAGAGAGGAUAACGUAGUUGAAUUGGAAUGUGAUUGCUGGAGUGAUGAUAGCAGCGAUAAACUAUCAAGGUCAUUAAGUAACAAUUCUAGUGAAUCGUGGGAUGCUAAUUCCUUCAAUUCAAGCUCUGACCAGGUAGGUUCUUGGCCCACGAGGGAUAUGCUUGGUUACCUUUACUUGGAGUACAUGGAGAAGAGUUCUCCAUAUAACCGGCUCCCGUUAGCAGAUAAGGUAGUUGCCCUUAACUUCGCCAUUGCAAAUGUGUUUGUAUGUUCACUCAUAGACUAUGAUUGUUUCUCACACCAGAUAAUUGAAUUAGCUAGAAGCUAUCCGGCAUUAAUGACGUUGAAGAGUGUGGAUCUUUCUCCGGCUUCUUGGAUGGCUGUUUCUUGGUAUCCGAUUUACGCCAUACCAAGUCAGAAAGAUAAGGCCUUGACAACGUGUUUCCUCACUUACCAUACAUUGUCUUCUUCUUUUCAAGACUGUGAUAACAUUUGUGCUGAAAUCAACAUAGAGAAUGACGUAUGUUUUCCGACAGGGUGGGGAAUGGUGGUGGGGGAGAAGUCCAAGAGGAAGAACAGCGGCAGCAUAUCAGUGUCGCCUUUUGGCCUAGCCACCUAUAGAAUGCAGGGAGAUAUCUGGUUAACUCCAUCAUCACAUGUGAAUGAAAAGGUAACAUGUUUAUACAAUGCUGCAAACUCAUGGUUGAAGCAGCUCAACGUGUUCCACCCUGACUUCAACUUCUUCGCAUGCCGAUCUUCCCUGUAAAUUCUGGUUCGUGUGGAUCAACUAACUAAUAACUACUCUUUUGCUUGUUUAUUCUGGUGAAUCUGACUCCGGCAUUAGAAGUUUUGCAGUAGUUCUGAGAAAUGUUCAGAAGUACAUCUUAAAAAGAUGUGUGACCUUAAGCAAUGUAAAUUUUAGUUUAUAUAAACUGAGGGACUUUUUUUUUUUUUUUGAAGAGGUUAGCAUUUGCAUUUUGGAAGUGACUAAACUUUUGUAUAAUUAUUUUGGGACUUUAAUUUUGAUGCAUUGUGUGCAUCUAAUUAAGUAAUGCUACAUCAGCAAAAAUAACAACUUUUUACCUUGACUG